GCUGUCUCCAAGGAACUCUCACUGGGGUUUUAUGGGCAGUGUCACGGUAGAGAUCCUCAGUCAGCCGGCGGUCCUGCUUGCGAUAGGACGUGACCCGAUGGCGUCCUGCAGGUUGUGGGCUGUGUGGUGGGCGGUGCUGGUGACCUUGCUGGCAGGGUGCUGUGACGGGAAGUAUGUGGUCACGACGCCGCGGGAGUGGGUGCAGGGGGCCAUGGCGCAGUUGUGUGUUGAUGUGACGGACGAGCAGGCACCUCCAGGCCAGAUCACCGUCUCGGCCUUUUAUGACCGAUGGGAAAGGGACGCAAGGGAACAUGUCCGAGUCUUCUUCAUCAACAAUGUCACGGUUCCCAUUCGUGCUGGCAAAGCACAGUUCUGCGAGGACAUCCAAGUACCUCGACUGCCCCAUGAGCAUCGUUUCCACACCUACAUGACCCUGUGGCUGCGGGGACACGUGGCCGGGGAGUUCCUCAACCAGACGCAGCAGGUGAUCAUGAUGGGCCAGACGCAGAAGCUCUUCAUACAGACGGACAAGUUCCUCUACCAGCCCGGGCAGACGGUGCGGUUUAGGCUCCUGACGAUGCAUCUCACCAAUACCUCCGUCAGUACCAGAAAUUACCCCAAGGUGUGGGUGAAAACUCCUAAGGGGACACGCAUCGCCCAGUGGAACAACGUGGAUAACUCAGCUGGCCUCGUCCACCUCGAGAUGACUCUUGCUGACGAGCCUCUGCAGGGAGGGUAUAGGAUCCAUGUCAAGACGGAGGGCGGCGACAAGGAGACCGGCCACUUCGAAGUCAGAGAAUACAGUCUGCCGCGCUUCGAAGUAACCGUGGCCCCUAAGAAGAAGUACAUCGCUUCGGACCACUCCAUCAUCGCUCGAGUUUGUGCUAUGUACACAUAUGGCCAGCCAGUGAAGGGAAGCCUGACCCUGGAGGUGAACAACUUCCGGUCUGGCAGUUGCUGGAAGUCCAUCAACAUCACGAGCUCGAUCCAUGGGUGUAAAGAGCUUCAGAUUGAGUUAGUGACCAUGAGGGUGAUAGACUGCAGGGUGAACAGGCUGCAACUAAGAGCCCUUAUCGAGGAGGAGGGAACAGAGGUACUCCUGCAGGGCCUGUCCAGUGCCGAGAUCUCCAGUUCUGCCUUCACCUUCAAGAAAGUCUUCCAGAGUGACUACAAGAAGCCCGGCCUCCCUUACACUCUCAAGGUGAAGGUGGAGAGGCAUGACGGAACACCUGCAGUAAAUGUGCCUGUGGAGAUGUGCAAAGGUGAUGCCUGUAGGAACCUCACGGUGCCUGAUAAUGGAAUGAUCAUAACCAACGUGGGGAAGGAGACGUUCGAAAACAUCAGAAUGAAGGUCUUGCACAGCCGCAUCAUGCUGAACGACGCGAGCUUCUUGACAGACGUAAGGCGAUACUUCUCCCCCUCAAACUCCUCGCUGAUGAUCUACACCCCGGACGAGGAGCUCAAGUGUGCCGACGGGGAGCCGAGCAAUGAGUAUAGCCUCCCGGUGUUAUUCAUCACUGAUCAGGCCAAGGCUGCCAUCACUGUCCAGGUCAUAUCCAAGCGCAGCAUUCAGUACUUGAAGACUCAGGAGUUUGACUUGGUGCCCGGGGACCUGCACCUCGAACCCGAUGACCUAGUUGAACCCCUUGAAGAACCUCCUGUGGGCACAAGACGCGGCAUGCUGAACAUUCCCAUCACGCUGCCCUUCUCCCUGCACUCCGUCACCCCCUUGGCCAGAGUGUUGGUGUGGCUGGUGCGGCCUGACGGAGAGGUGGUGGCAGACGCGAGAGAUAUCAAGGUCCAGAAGUGUCUCCCUAACAAGGCUGAGCUGGCGUGGUCCCAAGACGUCGCUGAACCCGGAGAGGAGGUGGAGAUGCGCCUCACCUCAGCACCUAACUCACUGUGCAGCUUAGGUGUUGUGGACAAGAGCUCCCUUCUCCUGGACACCCGCCCCAAGUCCCUCACCCUGGACAGCAUCUUCAGUUCCCUCGAGAGCUUCUACAUCCCCCGGUGGUACUCGAGGCAGUAUAAUGACAUUGAACACUGCAGGGACCAGUUGGGAGAUGUGGAGAGGUUCCGAUCCUACUUCACCCGAUACGUUGAUUCCAUGUGGAUGUUUAGCCAAUCCGGCCUCUACGUGUUCUCCGACCUGAGGCUGAAUACGCGGCUGUGCGAGGUGAUGGAGUUCCCCUACAGACAGAGUAUAGGCCCUGGGUUUGGCUUGGUUGAUGUGAGGGGGCAAGGGGGCAUCGAGUCCUAUGCGGACUCCACCUUAAGUUCUAAUAGAAUUGCUGGUAGUAGCCCGGUGCAGGAAGGACAAGAAGGAAGAGCUCGCACCGACUUCCCCGAGACAUGGCUUUGGGAUCUUUAUGUCCUUCCGGACACUGGCACCUACUCAAGCCAACUGACCUUGCCCGACACCAUCACGGAGUGGGUGGGUCAGGCUGUCUGCGUCCACCCUCAGGAAGGUCUUGGCCUCUCGCAGUACUCUAAUGUCACCACCUUCACCCCCUUCUUCCUGGACCUCACUCUGCCGCCCUCCAUCAAGCGCGGGGAAACACUUGGAGUCCUCGUCUCCGUCUUUAACUACCUCCGAGACCCCUUACCUGUUAUUCUUAAGCUCCAUGGAAGCACCGAGUAUGACAUUGUGAGGGACCCGACAAGCCAGCUGCCGGAUGGGGUCAUGGAGGUAUGUGUGGCGGGCAGCAGCAAGGUGGUCAUGAACGUGAAGAUCAAGCCAACCAAGAUAGGACAGGUCAACAUCACUGUGGGGGCGACGGUGAACCAGAAUCCAGGGACGGAGUGUGGAAAUUCCGCUCCUCAGGUCAUAAGAAGCGACACAUUGGUGAAGCCCAUAACUGUGAAGGCUGAAGGUUUCCCGAGAGAGAAGACGUGGAACAAGUAUAUAUGUGCCGAUGACCUGGUAGAUGGGACUGAUUCGCUGGGCCCCUGGGACGUGAGGGCACCUGGAGGCAUCGUCGAGGGCUCGGACCGUGGCUGGGUGACUGUGGUGGGCAGCCUCCUCUCCAUCUCCCUUGAGAACCUAGGCCACCUUAUCCGCAUGCCUUACGGAUGUGGCGAGCAGAACAUGAUCAAGUUUGCUCCCAACGUGUUCAUCCUGCAGUACCUGACCAUAACGAGGCAGGCCACACCCGAGGUCACAUCCAGGCUUACCAACCUCAUGAAAACAGGCUACCAGCGACAACUGUUGUACCUCAGGAGCAAUGGGUCGUACAGUGCCUUCGGGUCAGCUGACGACAGUGGGUCCACCUGGCUCACGGCUUUUGUGGUCAAAUCUUUCGCCCAGGCCCAGCCGUUCAUCACAAUUGACAGUAAGAACCUCCGUGACUCGAUAAAGUGGCUGGUAGAGACGCAGGGACCGGACGGCUGCUUCCCCUCCAUCGGCAAGGUGUUCAACAGGGCUCUGAAGGGUGGCGUGGAAGACCGAGGAGUCGAGGCGCUGACUGCCUACGUGUUGGUGGCCCUUCUUGAGAGCGGGGCGCAAAACAUCACCUCUGCCACCCUGAACGCCACCUCCUGUCUCCUGAACACUCGCUCCAGCCUAAGCCCGUACAUCCUUGCCCUUAAGGCCUAUGCGCUGGCCCUGGCGGAAAGGCCUGAAGCUAUGGUGGUCCUGAAUGAGCUGAUGGCCCGGGCGGUUGUGACACCUAACUCCACCCAUUGGAAGCACUCAACAGCAUACAGUCAAAGUAACUCGGUGGCAGUGGAGACGGCUGGCUAUGCUAUCCUGGCCAUGCUGACGCUGGACCCGAAGGAGUAUGAACAGCCCGCCAGGAUGGUGGUCAAGUGGAUCACCGCACAGAGGAAUGGCGCUGGGGGCUUCUACUCCACCCAGGACACAGUGGUGGCCCUCCAAGCCCUGGCCAAGUACGAGUCCACACAGUACCAGGGCGACAUGGACUUUGUGGCGACCAUCAAGGGCAUCGGCAUCGACCACUCCUUUGCCGUCACUGAGGACAACAAACUGGUGACCCAACGUGCCCCCCUCCGCACCCUUCCCACCUCCCUCUCCCUCACCAUGGUGGGGAGCGGAUGUGCUGUGUUCCAGUCUGUCCUGCGGUACAACGACCACGAACCUGAAGCAAGCGACACCUUCACUCUGAGCAUCAGGACCCAGACAGCAGCGGACAAGACCUGCACCACCAAAUGGAUCAACCUGUGCGCCAACUAUGUCCUUCCCGGUCAGAAGUCAAAUAUGGCCGUGAUCGAGGUGGAGCUUGUGUCGGGCUACAUCCCCAUCAAGGACGACCUCAAGAAAGCCGUCAAGGAGAACCCCCUCACGAUCAAGCGCUAUGAGGUGGACGGAAGUAAGGUGAUGUUCUAUAUUGAGGAGUUUACCGAGGGUCAGAAUGUGUGUCUUCGGCUGAGGGUGGAGCGUGUGGUGGAGGUGGAGGAGGCUAAGGCAGGCUCCGUGACCGUCUACGAUUACUACGAGCCGGAGUCUUCAGUGAGCAAGACCUACAAUCUCCCGCCAAGCAAUCAAUGUGUCAACGCUUGAUGAGCCUCAGAUUCCAACAUUCACCUUGAUAAUGAUACUCCACUGAUUACAAACUACUACUGGAAACUCCUACAAAUGUUCAUUUUAGUACUUUAUCUACACUUUCUAGAGCAUUUUUUACAUUUCAGCAGCACUUAAAAUGGUGUUUACAAAUUAGCAAAAUAAAUGAAAAAUGAAAUGACAGAUUCUUAUAUAUUCAGGUCAACUGUAUUUUUUUACUCAAUAUUUUCAGUAUAGUUAUUACAAGUUGUGCUUCAAGAGAUGCUAUUCAUUGUUACAACUCUGUACUAAUUGUUGUUAUGUUGCUCAGUAAAUAAAAUGAAGGCUUAAUUAUUUCUCAUUGGAA